UUCUAGGUUUUUCUAAAUUUGAUAAAAAUGGGACUGCUGUAGACAAUCGGAAAUUGCAUCGAAGAAAUCUAUGCAGUUUGGACAACCAAUGUGGCGGGCCCUGAAUGGUGCUAUAUCGAACUCCAUCGCCAUUUACCGAGUUGAGCUGAAGCUGAAGCUGCACUCUUUACAGUAGACCGACCUCUCAUCGACAAUCCGAAGCUAUCGCUUCGGCCCUGGUGCUUUAUCAUCAGCAGCCAUCAAGUCAACUUCGAGUAUCUGCCGCUACCUCCGAAAUCCACUCCUCCUGUGUAUGGAUUCCACUUGGGGUGAGUUGGAUAGUAGGAAUAUUGCCGCGGUGGGGGAGUGGGAGCGCUUGUUGGAGGAGUUUUCGCGUGCAGAGAUGCGAGGUGUAUUUGCAAUGGCUGCGGGGCAGGCCAUAGCUGGGAGCCUAGUGCUUGGAUCCUCGGCAUCAUUUGCAGCUCCCCACUGCAAUGACAGUAAUCGCUCAUUAGCCUUGGCGAGGAAGCCGUUUGCGGUUACGCUUGAUGUGAGCAGCAGCAGGGCUUUAGGGAAGAGUCGGUUCGAAAUCAGGCACUCGUUUCCUUUGGGAAAGAGAUUGCGUCGCUCUUGUUUGCGAGUCUCGGCGCUUCAACAGACUUCGACCAAGAGUGUCAGAUGGGUGCUUGACCCUUGUGGUGAUGGGAAUACGAGUCACCUCGGAGCACCAGUACCUUUGCCCAGCGGGUUUGAGCUAGCCUCUGAUAACGUGACAGUUGGACGGGUUAAAGACAAAGCUGAUGUCGUGAUUCCUGUAGCUACAGUUUCCGGUGUUCAUGCACGGCUGGAAAAGAAAAGUGGGGUACUCUAUGUGACUGAUCUGGACAGCACAAACGGCACAUAUAUUAACAACAGGAGAAUCCGACCCGGAGCUGUGACGCCUGUACCCCCUGGAAGCUACAUUACCUUCGGCGAUGAACACUUGGCUGUUUUCAGAUACUUACAAUUAGAAGAGGAUUCGCCUGCAGAAGCACCUGCGGAGGUGCCCUCGGAGCCCUCGGAGGCCUCAGCAGAGGAACCCUUGGAAGCGCAGCCUUUAGAGGCAGCUGCAGAUGCUCCAGAACCUUCUCCUCAGUGAAGAGGCCUUAGCGUGGUUUUUGACCCUAUUUUGUGAUCGACAUGCGAACUCACCCAGAGUGAAGGACCAUUGUCGAUUCAGGCUGGAAAGCGGCACUUGUUAUUUCUGAGAGAACUGUCACUCACUGUCAAUCUAGCUGCAUUUGUUACUCCCAGUGAUUCACGAUUUGAUGCUCUGAGUUCUCCCCCUCCCCUCCCUUUGGGUUGUAGAGGCCCAGGAAGUGCUUUGCAUCUUUGUUUGCAAAUCUAUCAAAAUCUUGACACAUCAUAGACGGUACACUCUCGAAGACAAGUCUCUUUAUGUUGA